GCAUCGGUAUUAUGCAGAUCGAAAUUUUCGAAAGCUAAUUGACAAACGAUUCCAUUGUAUACACAUGUCUUUAUCAAAAUGUAAAUUUCAUUUCACGCGAUUAUCAAUAUUCGAAGGGGCGGUGUUAUCUGAUAUUUAGCGCGCAUGAUGACGAUAAAAUUCGCGAAUAUGGCACCGCGUUACGAAAGAGUGGUGUUAUGUCGCGGUUUGUCAGAAAAGAAUGAUUCGCAAGAGGUUUACGUGAAAACAUUAAAAUCUGCCGGUUAUACGUGUGACUAUUUGCCCACUUUAUGUUUCGAGUUCAUAAAUACAUCGGAAUUGCGAACAUGUCUCCUUUCGCCGAACUCGUAUGAUGGUCUCGUCUUGACAAGUCGACAUGCAGUAGAAGCGAUUGUACUUUCAUCGAAAGAGGACGACAACAUUCUACUCCCAUGGAGCAAGUUGCCAGUAUAUUGCGUAGGGCCAGCAACUGAAUCUUUUGCUAAAACUCACUUGGGUACUGAAAACUGCUUUGGUAGGGAGACUGGUAAUGCUAAAGAACUAGCAGAAAAAAUAGUUGCCAAUGUCGCAAAAGGAUCAAAACCUUUGUUAUACCCUUGCAGUGAAAUUAGUCGAGAGACAAUUGAAAAAACUCUUAAUGAAAAUGACAUACGAGUUUGCAAAAUAGUUGCUUAUAAAACUUUACCUAAUAAGACUUUAGAACAGGAUUUGUUGAAAUUCAUGGAUAACUUGCCUAGAAUAUUUGUUUUCUUUAGCCCUUCUACUGUAGAGCAUGUAGUAACUUUAUUGAAGAAAAAACUUUACGAUAUAAAUAAUAUAAAAGCAGUUGCUAUCGGGCCUGUGACUAAGCAAGCAUUAUGCGAUGCUGGUUUAGAUACUUUUGCUACUGCUGUCAAUCCUGAUCCAAUGUCUUUGUUGAAAGCUAUUAGUGAUGCUGAAAGAAAUGAAGUUAACGAAAACACUGUAUGAAGAAAUUCAAGAAAUGAUGUGAUAUUGGUUUAUU